AUGGAAGUGCAAAAAUUAGGAGAUUCUGGUCUUAGCAUCUCAAGAGUUAUUGUUGGGUGUAUGACAUUCGGAAACAAAACUUUUGCUGAUUGGCUCAUUGAUGAUGAAGAUAAGAUUUUUUCAAUUUUGAAAAAAUGUUAUGAUAGUGGACUUAGAACAUUUGAUACUGCUGACGUUUAUUCGAACGGAGAGUCAGAAAUCUUACUUGGAAAAUUUAUCAAGAAGUACAAAAUUCCUAGAAAUAAAGUGGUUAUUUUAUCUAAAUGCUACUUUCCUACUGAGCCUGAGAAUCCCGACUUCAACUUUAAGAAUAAAGCAGAUGCACCUGAAUAUGAAUAUGCAAACAGCCAAGGGUUGUCACGUAAGCAUAUUUUCGAUGCUGUGCAGGCGUCAGUAGAGAGAUUGGGUACUUACAUUGAUGUGCUACAGAUUCAUAGACUUGAUAGAAAUACUCCUAAGCGUGAAAUCAUGAAGGCGUUAAAUGAUGUAGUUGAGCAGGGCCUAACCAGAUAUAUUGGUGCUUCAGCCAUGAGAGCAAUUGAAUUUGCCCAAUUGCAAUUUAUUGCUGAUAAGAAUGGAUGGUUCAAGUUUAUUAGUAUGCAAAAUUACUACAAUUUGACCUACAGAGAAGAAGAAAACGAAAUGAUUCCAUUCUGUAAUGAUUCUGAGUUUGGCAAAGUAGGGAUAAUUCCAUACUCACCGCUUGCCAGGGGUCUUUUGACUAGACCACUUGGACAAGAAUCUCAAAAUAAUAGAUCGUCUGAAACGGAUGCUGUGCAAAAGGUAUAUGGAUUGAAUGCACUCAGUGAUGCUGAUAAAGAAAUUGUAAACAGGGUUGAAGAAUUAGCUAAAAAAUAUAAAGUGAAUAUGGCAAGUGUCGCAGCCGCAUGGGUUUUAAGUAAGGGGGCUUGUCCUAUUGUUGGAAUUAGCAGUGAGAGCAGAGUUGAUGAUUACAUUGAAGCGUGUAAGCUCAAGCUUACUGAAGAAGACACCAAAUUCUUGGAGGAACCAUAUGUUACCAAACCAUCACAUUUAUUCAUGAAAUAG